AUGCUUAAUUCAUCUUAAACCAAAAGCACUUUGGAAACAAAAAAACCAAUUAUGAUUGAACAUAAAUAUAGCAUUAUCAAAAACAUUUACAGAGGAAAAUAAUAUAACAUAUAUUUAGGUAAUAGAUGUAGAAUUUAAGAGAUAGGUAGCCAUUAAUAAAGAGGAGGUUAAUGAUUCCAAUUAGACAGAUUUUAAAGAUAAGUUUUACCUAAUAAAGAUGAGAAAGUAAAUGUAUAUGACAUUCUAAGAUAAUCCUAACAAAACGAGAUAAUUCCAGAACUGCAAUUUUUAUUAAGAUUAAAGGACAGUAUGACCCUAUGCAAUAUUUAUAGCCAACUGUGCUUCCAAACUGGUCAAACACGGAGAUCAGGUUAUAAAUGGUUACAAAUAUCAUUAUCAAAUCCUAUAACGACAUGGUCCUUCGAUAAAGCUAGUGUACAAUUAUCUGUCUAAACGCCUUCCUUUACCUCUAUUGUGUCUCAUAGCCAUUUAAGCUGUAUUAUUGUAUAUGAAUAUUAUAGUUAACUUGUUUAGAAGUCAUCCACAAAAAUUAAAUAGUUCAUAGGAAUAUUCGACCGAAAAAGUUAUUGCUUUCAACCAGUGGUAAUGAAAUCUUACUUUGCGAUUUCAAAUUUGCUAGUAAAUUCAAGUUACAACAAGGAUCAAUUUGCUGUUUGGAAAAUCACAAUUCCACUUCAAGCAAACUAUUCCUCAAUAAAUACUCAAGUAUUAAUUAGCAUUUGAAUCAAUGUAAGAGCGUCAAUACGACUAUUAGUUCCCACACCUAAGGAUGACCUAGAGUCCCUAGCUUAUAUAUUGUUAGUGUAUGCAACAAAUUCAAGUAUCUUCAAGGUAAAAGCCGAUAAUAAAGGGCUGAAACUCAAAAAAUUGGAGAACAUUAAAUUAUCAAUGAUACCUGAAAUUGCAUUUAAAUCCGCUCCAAUUGAAUUCAUCCACUUCUUAAACCUAAUUAAGAUUAGCAAUGCCAAUGACUAUCCUUAAGAAUAUGAGAAGUUCAAAUCAUUAUUUCGUAAGAUUAUUUAAGCCAAGGGAUGCAACGAAAAAGAUCUCUAAUAUCCUUUAUUCCAUAUACAAUUUCAAGAAUCUCAUCCGUAACAAUAAUAAAUUUAGGCAAGUAGAUUUAAGAAAACUUAGAAUGGCAAGGAGACUUCUGAAGAUGAGGAUGACUUUUCAGUUUAUUAGUGUAAUACCGUUGGAGAGGAUUGUACUAUAGAACCAGUCAUAAAGUCUGUAGGACCUUAAUCACACAAAAGCCUAUCCGGUCUUAAUUCACUUAGACUUGAACUUGAAUCCUAAAUCAUGAAACUCUAAUUAACUAGGACUUGA